AUGGAGGCUAUCAAGCAAACAUUUCAGCGUUGCAAGGCGCAGAAGCGAUCUGCUCUCGUCGGCUAUGUCACAGCUGGAUAUCCCAGACCUCAGGACACUCCAGAGAUCCUCCUUUCCAUGCAAAAGGGUGGUUGCGACGUUAUCGAAGUCGGAUCCCCCUUUACCGAUCCCAUUGCCGACGGCCCUACGAUUCAAAAAGCCAAUGCUAUUGCGCUGAGCAAUGAUGUUACGAUUUCAUCGACUCUCGACAUUGUUCGUGAUGCCCGUAGCAAGGGCUUAACCGUUCCCGUCAUCAUCAUGGGCUACUACAACCCUCUCCUCAACUACGGCGAGGAGCGUCUCCUCACCGACUGCAAGUCCGCCGGCGUCAACGGCUUUAUCGUCGUCGAUCUGCCUCCCGAGGAGGCCAUUUCCUUCCGCAAGUUCUGCACCAAGGGCGGCCUCUCCUACGUGCCCCUCAUCGCCCCCGCCACCUCCGAUGCUCGUAUGAAGAUUCUCUGCCAGCUUGCCGACUCCUUCAUCUACGUCGUCUCGCGGCAGGGUGUCACUGGUGCCACGGGUACCCUCAGCGCCAACAUCCCCGAGCUCCUCAGCCGCGUCAAGAACUACAGCGGCAACAAGCCCGCUGCUGUCGGUUUCGGCGUCAGCACCCCUGAGCACUUCAACAGCGUCGCCUCCGUCGCCGACGGCGUUGUCGUCGGUAGCCAAAUCAUCACGACAAUCGCCGAAGCGCCUUCCGGCCAGAUCUGCGACACCGUGCAAAACUACUGCUCCAGCCUCUGCGGGCGCUCGGCCGAACAAGUUGCUGCCGACGCCAGCAACGUCGCCGCUCACGAUAUCCAAAACAGCGAGGCUACUCUUGCCGAAGCAACCAUCACGCCUGAGAAGGACAAGGAGUUGGUUGCGCAGCUAGCUGCCAUGCAUGCCAAGAUCCCCGACCGUUUCGGCGAAUUUGGUGGUCAGUUUGUCCCCGAGAGCUUGAUGGACUGCCUGUCCCAGCUCGAGGACGGUUUCAACAAAAUCAAGGACGAUCCUGCAUUCUGGGACGAGAUCCGCUCCUACUACGACUACAUGGGUCGUCAGUCCAAGCUCUACCUUGCCAGCCGCCUGACCGAGCAUGCCGGCGGUGCCAAUAUCUGGCUAAAGCGUGAAGACCUGAACCAUACUGGAAGCCACAAGAUCAACAAUGCCAUUGGACAGCUUCUCCUCGCUAAACGUCUGGGCAAGACCAAGAUCAUCGCCGAGACUGGUGCUGGCCAGCACGGCGUUGCCACAGCCACGAUUUGCGCCAAGUUUGGUAUGGAGUGCACAGUCUACAUGGGUGCUGAGGAUGUUCGCCGUCAGGCGCUCAACGUUUUCCGUAUGAGGCUUCUAGGAGCCAAGGUUGUCCCGGUUACUGCUGGCAGCCAGACUCUCCGUGAUGCCGUCAAUGAGGCUCUUCGCGCCUGGGUUGUCGAGCUAGACACUACUCACUAUAUCAUCGGCUCUGCCAUUGGCCCUCACCCCUUCCCUACCAUUGUGCGCACCCUGCAGUCCGUCAUUGGCGAGGAGACAAAGCAGCAGAUGAUGGAGAAACGCGGAAAGCUCCCCGACGCCGUCGUUGCCUGUGUCGGUGGCGGCUCCAACGCCGCGGGCAUGUUCUACCCCUUCUCCAAGGACCCGAGCGUCAGAAUUCUCGGUGUUGAGGCUGGUGGCGAGGGCAUCGGCACGGGCAGACACGGUGCCCCUCUCAGCGCUGGCUCCAAGGGUGUCCUGCACGGUGUCCGCACCUACGUCGUGCAAGACGAGCAUGGCCAGAUCUCCGAGACGCACUCCAUUUCCGCUGGUCUCGAUUACCCCGGUGUCGGCCCCGAGCUGAGCUCCUGGAAGGACAGCGGCCGUGCCGAGUUCGUCGCCGCUGACGAUGCGCAGGCCCUGAUUGGCUUCCGUCUGUGCAGUCAGCUGGAGGGCAUCAUCCCAGCCCUCGAGUCCGCGCACGGUAUCUACGGCGGCAUCGAGCUGGCCAAGACGAUGAAGAAGGGCGAGGAUAUCGUCAUCUGCCUGAGCGGUCGCGGUGACAAGGAUGUCCAGAGCGUUGCCGAGGAGCUGCCCAAGCUUGGUCCCAAGAUUGGCUGGGACCUCCGCUUUGAGUAG